AUGAUCCCGCAGCACUGAGCAUGCGGAACAGCACGGUAAAAGCAGUUUCACUGGUCCGUCAGUGGUCACCUGCUCCUACACGAAGGACUCAGACUCUGGUUAGUAGCGCGGCAAAGAUGAAGAAGGACGGUUUGAUAGACUUCCAAGCAGCACAUCCGUGGUACCAACUUCCAGGUGGAGUAGCGUUUCCGGAUGGGCGCAAGGGCGCUAACGAUAGAGAGAGACCUAUGUUCCGGUCUAUCUGAAGGAGUCCUCUUGUGUUGUAAGUGGUUUAUUAUUUUUGUUCAAUUCUUCCUUAGCGGAAUUAGGACUUUCUUGAUUGCGAUGUCAGAGUCUCAUUGCGCGGCCGUAGACGUACAUGCUCGUACUAUCAUGCUAAAUGGAGGAAUCAAUGCCUGUCUGAGAAUUCGAUCUAUCUCAGGUUGUUGUGCUUUUUCCUCUGUCCUUAAAAACAUCUUCAUGUCUGUCAAGUCCGUGUAUUAUCUAUGUUCAUACAUUGGAAGCUAACGCUGUAC